UCACAACUAUAAAUGACAGUUAUAAAUACAGAGCACAAAAACAUCAGAACCAUCCAAGUGAUUUGCAAUAAUUUAUUCGACAUCGAACAAACAAAAUAAAUCACAAUCGACCAAAUCGAAAAAUUUGGACAUUUUAUCAAACAAAGAAACCACUGAACACAUAAAUCGUGUGGGAUUUUAUUUCGUUGUGAUUCAAAUUAAAAAAAAAUUGUUGUACAAAAUGAUUUCGUGCUAUAAUAGAGGUUGCGGUCAAAAUUUCGAUCCAGAAAACAAUCCAGAUGAUGCUUGCCGUCAUCAUCCUGGUAUGCCAUUUUUCCACGAUGCUUACAAAGGCUGGUCUUGUUGUAAUAAGAAAAGUGUCGAUUUUACGGAGUUUUUAAGCAUCAAAGGCUGUCAACUGUCAAAACAUUCAAAUAUUAAACCAAUUGAGCCAGAGAAAGCAGCACCAAAACUGAUCGAAGAUGAACCAGAACCAGUAAAGAUGCCAGAACCAGUAAAACCAAGUGCAUUAGAAAGACCAUCGUUCGACACAGAAUUGGUGACAUUGACACCAAUUAUUGCACCAGCUCUGAAAAAAUCAAUCGACGAUUUAGUUAUUGGCAAUACAAAAAAAUCAACAUUAAAUCUUUCCGAUGAAAUUGCGAUUGGAACAGCUUGUAAAAACGCUGGAUGUGGUAAAACGUAUGAGUCACCAUCGAGUGAUAAUACCGAAUGUGUUCAUCAUCCGGGUCAGGCGAUUUUUCAUGAAGGUCUUAAAUAUUGGUCAUGCUGCACAAAACGUACAACAGAUUUUGCCGCUUUUAUGGAACAAAAGGGUUGCGCUUAUGGCAAACACAAAUGGACUGCCGAUCAAAAUGAAGAAGUGAAAUGCAGAUACGAUUGGCAUCAAACGGCAUCGAAUAUCGUCAUUGCUAUAUACGCGAAAAUGUAUCAUUACGAUAAGAGUUUUAUCAAGGUCAAUCCAAUUCGAUUGAAUGUUUGCCUUGUGUUUCCACAGCAAAACGAUGCCGAAUUCAAACUCGAUUUGGAAUUACGGGGUAUAAUAUCCGUACCAAAAGCAACAGUACAAAUGUUUGGUACAAAAGUGGAAAUCACAAUGCCAAAAGCGGAACCGGGACACUGGAUCACCUUAGAUAUACCCGACAAAACGAAAAAUGCCAACACAAUUGUAAACAAAUCAACCGAACCAGUGAACACAACAAAGGACAACGAUGACGAUUCAGAUCUCGACUUAGAUGACAUUCAACAAGUUCGCGGCGUAAGAAUAACCGAAAAUUAAGCGUCAACAUCGUAAUCAUAAAUCAUUUUUCACUUGAAACAAAAUGAAUUAUGUAUGAACAUAUUAACACAAUUUUCCACUAGGAACCAUUAAAUUUCCCAACUGACAACCAGUUAUAAGCCAAUUUUGAAGAAAAAAAUAGUUCGCGUUUGUUGAAAAGAAAAAAUUGUUUGGAAGUAUGAUUUUGUACUCCAGUGUGGGCAACCAGUUCAUUGAUUCUUUUUUUUCAUUUUAUUUUAAUACAAUUGUAUUCAACGGUAUAUACUUAUUCAAAAAAAAAAAAAAUCAAUUGACAUCUUUUUAAUUAUAAUCUUAAUUAAAAUAGAUAAUUAUCUAUGAAUACAAGAGAACAAAUUCUAUAAAUUUUUCGUUUGCAUCAACAUUUGAAUUCAAAAUGUAUUUCAUAGCCUGUAAAUAUCGAUUAAAAUAAAUUGUUCAAAGCUA